CACUUCAAUUUAAAAAUGGCAACCGAACCAAGUACAAGACAAAAACUUCAAAGUGUUAUAGAUGAUAUGGAGCUAAUAUCUAAGUAACUAAAUAUUGUUUAACAUUGUAUACUUAAGGUAUUUUGGUAAAAUAUGUGUUGCUAUGAUUGUAUCAGUAUUUGAAAAAAAACUUGAUCUUUGCUUUAUCGCCAGUUUUACUUAUUUUGAUGGGCUUUGCCGCUUUGCAAGGUUGCAGUCACAGUUGAGUCACAGCCUCAGCAGACUAAAUAGCAUUAGAUACUUUGGUCAAAAAUGUAAACAUUUUUUAAAAAUAAACCAAUGGCACAGUUGAAUAGAGCUAAUUUUAAACAUAAUUAUAACACCAAAAUCAUAUUUUUAGCUGUUGUAGUUUUAAAGUUAUGAAUUUUUAAAGUACGACUUGGUUUGUCAUUUUUUAACAUAGACUGCAUCUCCACAUUCUGUGACCUCAUUCCACUGAUCGCGUCAUGCGCAAUGACUAUAUAGUUUAUAUAAGGCAAUGCAUUCCCUUAUCACUAAAAUACUGUUUAGGGUCGACUUAUUUUAAACUUUCAACUUUGGCACAUGAAUAAUUAAUAAAAGCUUUCCCUGACCAAUGGUUUAAUAGCUUUUGCACACAGCAAACUCUUAUGAAUGAAACUCUGAGAUAGUACUACAACGUAGCCGUUAUGCAAGUGGCUGUGAAUGGUUGCCAAUGACAACGUGUUGCACAAGGAAAAUUCUGAUCAUUUAUAUUAUGGACUCUGCAGGGUUUUUAAAGCUCAAAUUAAAACAUUUCCAGUUUAAAUGUCUUCAAAAUGCAUUCUGAAACACAAGUUAUCAAUUAUUUUGAUGUAAAUAGUGAUAAUAAAUUAAUAUUUCCUAAGUAUCGGCAACUUCCGCCAUUAAAAGGGGGCGUGGCCCACCCCAUGGCGAAAUUAGGUUGAGCGAGCUUCAUGACCUGCUGCGAACGCGUAGAAACAUGGGGUCUCUGGUAAGACACUUAUCGCUGUGAAAAUUGGCAUACAUGUAGAUCAAUAGAUUCCCCAGAUGCAAAAAAAAUUUGGUAGUGACAAAUUUUUUCCUUCCACUUAAUUUUAAUGAUGAAAGUUGCCUUAUAUUUACCAAGGAAUUUCUCAAAGCUGACUGAUGGUAAAUGAAAAAGAAAUUGAUUAAAAUGCAGGCCAAGAUGUCUACCUAAUUAUAAGGCUGAAAACGGAACUCAAAUAUGUAUCGAAAGUUCUAAUUUAAUAAUAAAUAGACACACACAUCGGAAAAUUAAAAACUCAGAUUUUUUGGCGCCGAUUGCGAAUUCCCAUACACAAAAAGUAGUAGUCUCCCUUGACUUACCGAAGUAUCUACAGUACAAAAAAUUUCAAAAUAUUAAGUUAUAUAGUGUGAACUUCAAAAGAAAAAAAAAAAUAAUUAAACCAGAACCAACUUUAUAGCUUUAGAACUUUUUGAGCUAUGAAUUUUUAAAAUAUGAGUUCAUUUGUAAUUUAUUUUUUUUACCCAUGACCAUGGCCAUGGUCAUGGACUGCAUCUCCACAUUUUGUGACCGAAUUCUGAUGAUCACUUCAUGCACAUUAACUCUUGUUUAAAUGAUAAUUUUAUAUGACUUAUUUUAUUUUUAUUAAAAGUUCUGAUUUUAAAAUUAAUUUUAACACUAUUAUGCAAUAUUAUUUAUAAAUAAAUUGUAACUUAUUUAACUAAGUAAUAUGCAUUAUCAGUAAAUUAAACAAUUGCAAUAUGGAUUUUCUGUUAUUCAAGUCUAGCGUCCAUAAUAUAUAUGUAUAUGUAAAUAUAUAUAGUCAAUGUAAUAAGGAGUCCCCCUAAAAAUAAUAACUUGUUUGGGACUACUUAUUAUGAACUUCCAACUUUUGCACAUCAAGGCGCAUGACUUAUUAAUUAAAGCUUUAACAGACCAAUGAUUUAAAAUCUUUUGCACACAGCUAUAUUUUAUCAAUGAAACUAUGAGAAUAAUGCUAUAGAGGUAUAGCCCAACUAAGUGACUGUGAAUGGUUGCCCAUGACAACGUUUUGCACAUGGCAAAUUAUGAUCAUAAUAAUAUGGAUUAUAUUGGGUUUUUAAACCUCAAAUUAAAAUAUUCUUCUACUUCUAAGUUGAUUCUAAAAUAUAAUUUAUCCAAAUAUUUUGAUAUAAAUAGUAGGGGUGUGCCGGAUCCGUUUUUUCCAACCGGAUCCGGAUCCGGAUUUUCUUAUGCGAAAUCCGCCGGAUCCGGAUACCGGUUUCUCCCGGAUUCCGGAUUUUGGUACUAUUGGUAGAUACUUCGGUAAGUCAAGGUGGACUACUACUUUUUGUGUAUGGGAAUUCGCAAUCGGCGCCAAAAAAUCCGAGUUUUUAAUUUUCCGAUGUGUGUGUCUAUUUAUUAUUAAAUUAGUACUUUCGAUAUAUAUUUGAGUUCCGUUCCAUUUGGAUAAGUGUCUUACGAGAGACGCCAUGUUUCUACGCGUUCGCAGCAGGUUAUGCAGCUCGCUCAACCUAAUUUCGCCAUGGGGUUGGCCACGCCCCCCUUUUUAAUGGCGGAAGUUGACGAUACUUAGGAAAUAUUAAUUUAUUAUCACUAUUUACAUCAAAAUAAUUGAUAACUUGUGUUUCAGAAUGCAUUUAAAGACAUUUAAACUGGAAUGUUUUAAUUUGAGCUUUAACAACCCGGUAGAAUCCAUAUUAUAAAUGAUCAGAAUUUACCGUGUGCAACACGUUGUCAUUGGCAACCAUUCACAGCCACUUGCAUAACUGUAUCGUAGUACUACCUCAGAGUUUCAUUCAUAAGAGUUUGCCGUGUGCAAAAACUAUUAAACCAUUGGUCAGGGAAAGCUUUAAUUAAUUAUUCAUGUGCCAAAGUUGAAAGUUUAAACUAAGUCUAAACAGUAUUUUAGUGAUAAGGCAGGGAAUGCGUUGCCUUAUAUAAACUAUAUAGUCAUUGCGCAUGACGGGAUUGGUGGAAUGAGAUCACAGAAUGUGGAGAUGCAGUCCAUGUUAAAAAAUGACAAACCAAGUCGUACUUUAAAAAUUCAUAACUUUAAAACUACAACAGCUAAAAAUAUGAUUUUGGUGUUAUAAUUCUUUAAAAAAUUACAUCUUUUCAACUAUGCCAUUGGUUUAUUUUUACAAAAAGUUUAAAUUUUCUUAUCAAAGUCCCUACACUAUUGGCCACUAUUAGCGGUGCUGACUCUAGCCUCUGGUAUGUACGGAAUAUUAAACAUUAAACAAGCUCAACGCUCGAAACAAUCGAUUAAUGUAUCGUGAUCGUGUGAAAUUCGGGAAAGAGAAUUACUUUUAUUUCAGAUUAUGAUCCGGUGAGUCACAAAAUCUGGCAAAUUCCGAAAUCCGGUAUAUUCCGGAUUCCGGAAUCCGGUUUUUCCGGAUACAUGUAAAUCCGGCGGAACCGGAUUUCACCGGAUAGUGCAAAAUCCGGCGGAACCGGAUUCCGGACCGGGAUCCGGCACACCCCUAAUAAAUAGUAGUAAUAUUUGAAUAUUUAUUAAGUAUCAGCAUCUUCCGCCAUUAAAAAGGGUUUGGUCACAUCCAAGCGAAGUUGGGUAGAGCAACCAUCAUUAUUAUACUGCGCAAGCUUAGAUUCAUGGCGUUUCUAGUAAAACACAUAGCGCUGUGAAAAUAAGCAUUCACGUAGCUCAAUAUAUACCAGAGAGGCAUAAUAAAUAUGAAAAGGGCAUAUAUUUAAUUUCAACUUAAUCUUAAUGAUGAAAUUUGCUUAUAGGCCUAUUCACAAAGGAUUUUCUAAAAAUUGACUGAUUGUUAGUGAACAAGAAAUCAAUUCAAAUGCAAGCCAAGUUUUCCUCCAAAGCUAAAGGCUGGAAAAGGAACACAAUCUUGGGAUAUAGUAAUUCUUUUAUUAAUGAAAUAGCACAAUAUCAAAAAACUAAAAACUCGGAUUUUUGUGCACUAAAGCCCAUUUCCCAUACAAAUUUUUUUAGCUGUCUUCGCUGCUUUACCAAAGUACCUAAAAUAAUUUAAGCAUUCACUACUAAACAAAUUCAGUACAACACAAGGUUUGACAAAGUGCUGCUCUGAAAUCAGUGCUGGGUGUCUUAAUAACUUACAAGUGAUGGUACCAAUACAUAACACAAUUUAAUUUUCUUAUAUAAAAGACAAAACCAUAUUGCCUGAAUUGGACUGGGGGCUGUCAUGACACAUACAAGUGAACUUUUUUGUAUGAGUGAACUGGCCUCUGUUUACAAUGUACACACAUAUUGAUGGCAUCAUUGUCGUAAUUUUAAAAGUUUUUAUCAAAACAUGAUUCUUCUUUCUGGGUAUUUUCAUGGCUUUGCAUGUUGCAGAAGUGUCAUUGUUUUGGUGAUAGAUUUUGCCUUUUAAAAAUUUCUAUUGGCUUUUAUUUUUUAUGAAACUUCAAUGAUGGGUGUAAAUAUAUUCGAAUGAAAUUGGUACUUUAGAUUUUAUUAUUUUCAAUAUUUUACAUCAAAAUUUUACUGCAUUUGUACGCUGUGCUGUUUUACCACAGCAUUUAGCAUAUGUAGUCGUGGUUGAUGUCAGGAGAGCCAAUACUGCUAAAUUUUAGGUUUCAUGGUGUUUAGGGAUACUAUUUGUGGGGUUUGGGAUAAUAAUUUUUGUAUUUAGGCAUACACGAUUUUGGGGUUAGAGGUACCCAUUUGUAGGGAUAGGGGUACUAAUUUUUGGGGUUUGGGAUGCUCAUUUUUUGGGGUUAGGGAUAAUCAUAUUAGGAUUUGGACUAGGUUUUAGUGAUAAAAUUUUGCUUUAAUUUAAAAACUUCUUUUAAAUUUUCUUCAUUCUUUGCCGCGUGUUGUGCAUCACAUUUUUUUAAUGUGUCUGCUGUCUUGGCAAUAAAUAUGACGGCCACUUAAAAAAAAAGUGAUACUCAACAUGGGUACUAUGUCAUAAACCCCUCAUACAAUUUUCCCCAAAAUUUUUUCUACACAUUUCCAGGUUUAUUUUGUUAGAUUAAAAUUUUGAUGUUGUGAUUUAUUUUUGAGUGUGGCCGUAGCAUUAUAGCACAUUCUGUUUCUGUUAUGAAAAGUAGAUUUAAUGCUUGUAAAGGUUCCAGUUUUAGAUGAAAUAAUAGUAAGUAAGGAUGGAGGCCUAAGAAAUGACAUAAGAAGGGAUAUUGGGGGUGGAGGAGAUGCGUUUUCGGAGGAAGGAAUACUUAAAGUACAGUGGAAGAUGGGGGAACAGUACAGUGGAAGAUGGGGGAACCAUAAAUAAUAAAAGCCAUGUAACAACUAGUAUAUCAGUAAAGAUCAGAGUCUAAAUAAAUAAUUUUGAAACUAUAUGCAGUCCAAGACAACAGCGCCAGAUGUAUGCAAUUGCUAGUUGCCAUGGGAAAACUUUAGGCUUACUAAGGUAAUCUAGAAUUAAUAUCAAUAUACUACCUGUCCUCGCAGAGAGCUGAUAGAACAACUUGCUAUGCCCAAAUCUCAAAGAAAGCCAGAUGCACUUGAUGCCCCAGAUGCAACAGAUUUGAUGGAACUGCUCAUUGAAAAGGAUGGAGAGCUCAAGGAACUACUCAAAAUAGGUAAACAUUGUUGAUCACUUAUUGAGAACUUCAAAAAAAAAAAAGUUUGCCUGUAAAGAUUUUAAAAAUAUUACUAUACUACAAUAUCAAAUGUUAAUAAUUACUUUUUAUAGAAUAUGCUUUCAAUUUAAUAUUGCAAACAACCUUGCAGUUUAUUUUAAAUUUCAUUUGAUAGUUACAAAUCUAUUAAUUCAUUUAAGACAUCUUAUGAAGAAGAUAAUACUAUCAUCAAGGAUCCAGCAUGGUAGGUCUUAAAUUAAAAGGACCAGCUUGCUAAUUAAUCAUAAUCAUGGAGAAAAUGUUUAGACUCAUGAACAUACUCAGCUGAAAACUUCUCUGGGAGAAAAUUUACGUAAAAUGUUAGCCGUAGGAAAUGUUCCUCCUUUUGAUCCUUGCUCCUCACAGCUGAAGAACAAGAAAAGGUGGAGAAGGUGAUUGAUGGACUUAGAUCUGAAGUGAACAAAAGGGAUGGGGAGAUUAGACAGCUACAGAGAGUUCUGAAAGAGGCGGAGACAGUAAUGGUAACACAUAUUUUGUCAGUCACACAAAUAAUGAGACUAUAUCAAGUAAUGCUUUUUUUUUUAAAAUUGUGCCUGAAGUAAAAGUAUUUCAAAAUGUCUUUCAAUUAAAUUUUUUUAAAAUGUUUUUUAUCCUGGUUUUUUUAAUUUUUUAAACUUGAGAAUCAUGUUAUUGAAAACAAAUAAAAAUCAUUUCAUUUGAUGAACUUUCCUAUUUAGGCCACUGCAGUUUAUCAGGCAAAGCAAAAGCUUGGAUCUAUCAGACAAGCACAGCAAAAUAAAGUUUCCUCUGAAGAUCUCAUUAAAUAUGCUCACAGAAUCAGUGCCAGCAAUGCUGUGUCUGCACCACCGACAUGGGGACCAGGUGAACUAUUUUCUCUUUCCCCCUUAAAAGUUUGCUCUCUGUCUCUAAUUUUCUAAAGCUUUUGCUCUGCUAUACAUUCAUGUCUCUGUGAUAUGACGCAAUAUCAUCAAUGGGGGAAAAACAUAGGCUCAAGAAUAGCAUGACAAAAAUCUAAUUACCGGGUAUUUAAAUUUAUAUUCGAUCAAAGAUUUUUUAAAUUUUAAUAACGACAGAAUCCAAUUUGAGUAAAUCAAUAAUUAGUUUUAGUUUGGGGGUUUAAGGUUUGGUAGUUACAAAAUGAAUUUUAUAUUAAAUUGCAUUGAACUGAAACAAGAAAAAAUGAAUUUUAUUGCGACUAAUACAUAAAUAUAUUUUAUAUUGUGACCAAACCAAUUUGGAGUUUUUAACCCAAAAGUUUAUUUUGAGGCCUUCCAGUUGAUCCUAGACAACUAUAUCUAACCACUCUUAAGUCAUUACUUCCCUUUGCAGGUGACCCAAGAAGACCAUAUCCAACAGACCUGGAGAUGAGACACAGCAGCUUGUCCAUGGGGACAUUCUCUGAUACAUCAUCCUCCGUUUCCACUCCCCUCGUUAGGUUGUACUCACAAGGUAUUGUAUUGAUCAUCCUCCGUUUCCACUCCCCUUGUUAGGUUGUACUCACAAGGUAUUGUAUUGAUCAUGUUCCGUUUCCACUCCCCUCGUUAGGUUGUACUCACAAGGUAUUGUAUUGAUCAUCCUCCGCUUCCACUCCCCUUGUUAGGUUGUACUCACAAGGUAUUGUAUUGAUCAUGUUCCGUUUCCACUCCCCUCGUUAGGUUGUACUCACAAGGUAUUGUAUUGAUCAUCCUCUGUUUCCACUCCCCUUGUUAGGUUGUACUCACAAGGUAUUGUAUUGAUCAUGCUCCGUUUCCACUCCCCUCGUUAGGUUGUACUCACGAGGUAUUGUAUUGAUCAUACUCCGUUUCCACUCCCCUUGUUAGGUUGUACUCACAAGGUAUUGUAUUGAUCAUGCUCCGUUUCCACUCCCCUUGUUAGGUUAUACUCACAAGGUAUUGUAUUGAUCAUGCUCCGUUUCCACUCCCCUCGUUAGGUUGUACUCACAAGGUAUUGUAUUGAUCAUCCUCCGUUUCCACUCCCCUUGUUAGAUUGUACUCACAAGGUAUUGUAUUGAUCAUGCUCCGUUUCCACUCCCCUUGUUAGGUUGUACUCACAAGGUAUUGUAUUGAUCAUGCUCCGUUUCCACUCCCCUUGUUAGGUUGUACUCACAAGGUAUUGUAUUGAUCAUCCUCCGUUUCCACUCUCCUUGUUAGGUUGUACUCACCAGGUAUUGUAUUGAUCAUGCUCCGUUUCCACUCCCCUUGUUAGGUUGUACUCACCAGAUAUUGUAUUGAUCAUCCUCCGUUUCCACUCCCCUUGUUAGGUUGUACUCACAAGGUAUUGUAUUGAUUAUCCUCCGUUUCCACUCCCCUUGUUAGGUUGUACUCACAAGGUAUUGUAUUGAUCAUCCUCCGUUUCCACUCCCCUUGUUAGGUUGUACCCACAAGGUAUUGUAUUGAUCAUGCUCCGUUUCCACUUCCCUCGUUAGGUUGUACUCACAAGGUAUUGCAUUGAUCAUCCUCCGUUUCCACUCCCCUUGUUAGAUUGUACUCACAAGGUAUUGUAUUGAUCAUGCUCUGUUUCCACUCCCCUUGUUAGGUUGUACUCACAAGGUAUUGUAUUGAUCAUCCUCCGUUUCCACUCCCCUUGUUAGGUUGUACUCACCAGGUAUUGUAUUGCUGCUGUUUGCUUCCGCAAAAUUUGGAUCAAAGUAGUUUAAUUUGUUUCAAAAGUACUUUACAACUCAACACACAACGCAGAUCCAGAUCGACUGAAUUUAACCUUUAUAUCUGCACAACGUUGAUCUGCGUCUAUUUAACACAGCAACAAGAAAUGUCAUGAAAAUUCUCCCCUUUACUGCGUACACAUUCUAAUAUAUGUCCUUUUCAAAAGGGAAAUUUGCAACUUUUAAACGAUAAUGGCCUAUUUUGAGUCUGAUUUUAGUCAGAUUUUGAGAUUUUACACAGAUCUAUAUUAUCAAAAUGCACUCAGACGAUGAACUUGAUAGCAAUUUAGAUGUAAUUAUAGAUAAUUCAUUAGCAGUAGUAAUACAGAAUCCUGUAUUUAAAUUACGGAAGUGAAAUAGAUUUGGUCUGUCUUGACCGAGCUAUUGAGUGUAUCAUCUUGUAGCCUUAUUUUUCACAGCACCAGGAGGAAAAGUCUUACGGAUAGAAGGUUGUUUUUUUCCUCUAUGCGCUAUGUGGAUAUUAAGCGUUAGCAGUAUUAACAGGCAGACUGGCAGUGGCAAUUUCACUUGGUGCUGGGAGAACCCCACUCCUGCAGAGAAUAAGACUUUUAUUUUCAUUUGAUUUUGGUUUCGGACUCUGAGUUGGUGACACUGGCUGCCACUGAGAAAAGUUAUUGUAAAAUUGACAAAUAAAAAUAAGAUACUCUAAUUGAUGCAAAUGUAAAAAAAAAAUUUUUUUAUUACAUUGCACAUAUUCAUUUUUCAGCACAUAGAUUAAUAAAUAUUCUUGGCAAGACCACAUUUUACAACUUGAAUGUUUAUUUAAAGACAAGACAGCUAAAGUGUUUCUCAUUUUCAAAAGUCAGCCAUCAUAGUGGAACUUCACUACAUUAGUGACAAUAUUGACCGUUGGAGGGAUUAAUUAGGUUUUGUAAUAGUAACAGCAAAGAAGUGGAGGUUGGGGAGGAGGGGGCCUGCUGGUAAAUUUUGGAAGACUGAAAAAAACAAAUAUUUUUUUAUAUCUUUUGGUUUGUGCGAUGGAAAAUGUGGGGCGGGAAGCGGGGGGAAGGGGAGGUGGCUGGGGGGGGGGUACAAAUGCAUUUUGCUUCAAAUAGUUCUUCAGGCAAAGGAACUUUUGUUAUUUGUUAGCUUUCAUAUGGUCUACUCUUUAUGUCUUGGUAAAAAUAAGGCAAAUAUUCAAACCGUUUAGACUAGCUUACUAAUUCAUCAAUGUAAUCAAUAAGAUUUAAGUUGUUGAAUUUGUUUCUAGAACCAAACUUAUAAAAUUUACCCUUUCAAAGUUAAUAGAAAGUAUUAUUUUUUUCUUUCCAUUCAUCUGCCACUUAUAUGCUGCAUUUGUCAUUUGUACACUAUAUAUUCCACUUAUACACUGUAUCCGCUAUCACCAACUUUGAGACCCUUGAUAAGGAUGUGAUCUCACUGACUUCAUAAAUGUCAAUGUUUACUCCACAGAGGCUCAACCAUCUUCCCAUCCCCACCCACACCAUCAAACACAGCAGCUGUCGGGGCUGGUCCAUCACCACCACACACCACAUCAGCAGCACCAGGCGGGGAUGCCACCGUCCUACUCCUGGCAGCCCUCCCAGGAGUCUGGCAUGUCCUUGAGCUCUCACCACAGCAUGACCGACAGCUUGAAAGGUCACGUCAAGGAGGAGGACGAUGUGGAGUUGAUGUCCAGCGAUUCCUCCAGCAGCAGUAGCAGCGAUGAAUGAAUGUGGAGAAAUGUAGGUGAUUCGUGAAUGUAGAGAAAUGUGAGUGAUGGGUGAAUAUGGAGAAAUGUGAGUGAAUGUGAAGAAAUGUGGAAAAUGUGAGGGAUGGGUGAAUGUUAUUUUGGACAGGAGCAGUAAUGAAUUAAUGUGAGUUGAGACAGGAGCAGUAAUGGAUAAAUGCAGGUUGUGACAAGACCAGUGAUGAAUGAAUAUGAGAUGUGACAGGAGCAGUGAUGAAUGAAUGAAUGUGAGGUGUGACAUGAGCAGUGAUAGAUAAAUGUGAGGUGUGACAGGAGCCGUGAUGAAUGAAUGUGACAGGAACAGUGAUGAAUGAAUGUUAGUUGUGAAGGGAGCAGGGAUGUUAGAAUAUGUUGACCGCAUUAGUUCUCACUGUGUAGGAUAAUCAAUUUUAAAUGUGUUUGAACAAAUGAAGAAUGUCUACCAUCAACUAGAUUGGUCUCUGAAAGUGUCAACCAGUUGGUCUCUUGUAAAUAUUUCCAAUACAUUUUAUCUUGCAACAAAC